AUGCUCCCCGCGCCGCUUCGGACAGCGGCCGGAGGUGUCCUACGCUUUUCACCAGCCUGCCGGCGACAUGGCGACCGCGUCACUUGGUAUGACACUCGCCUGAUGCUGGCCCAAUCGCCGGCGGCCCGGCGCACGGCCCCCACGCCCGCCCUCUGGCCCGGGGCCCCGCGCGACGAGCCCGGACUCCCUCAAAGUGUCCCGGUCAUCGGCCUGCAUGGGUGUCCGGCAGAUGCCCAUGCGCUGGCCCCGCUGGCCGGAGCCCUCUUCCGCCGGGGGAUUCCCUUCCUGGCGCCGGACCUCCUGCACUCCAUCCCCGGCACCAUGCCCUUCACCCUGCGCGACCUGUUCCCCCCGCGGCGGCCGAUCAGCUCGGAGGACAUGGCUGCCGGGUAUUUUUGCCACGCCUUCGAGCCCGGGGGGGCUGGCGGCAGGGGCGCCGGGGGCGGCCGCGGCCCCGACCCGGGCACGGCCCCGGGCCGAGGCAGCACUUCCGCCGGCUUCCCGGCAGCCGAUCUAUCUCUGGCCGGCAGGCUGCUGGCCUUUUCCGACAUGAGCAGCAGCCGCUGCGGCGCAGUCAAUGGCAGCCACGGCAACGGCCACGAGAGCGGCCACGGCAGCGGGCACAUCGUGGCCAUGGCACCCACUGCCACAUGCUCGUCAACCAACCUGCUGCACGUGGCCCGGCCGGACUGCUCGCCGGGGAUCUACACCGGGGCGCCCUUUGCCGGGGCCGGGCCGCUGCCCCUGUGCGGCCUCGGGCCGCCGAGCCUGGACCACCAUCUCCAGCACCUGGAGGACUUCCUCCAGCAGGCCCUCCCCCAGGCCAGCCACUUCCCGGUGGACUUGCUGGUGCACGAUGUGUCCUUCGCCCUGCUGGGGCAUUACCUGGCCCGGCGGCCGGAUUUCGCCCGGCGGGUGCGUUUCGUCUUUUGUGCCUCGGUGCCCGGGCCGCAUCGGGCCGUCCUCCGACCGAUCCCGGUGCGCCCGCAGCGGCGGCUGCUCCAGCUGCUGGCCACCGGCCAGGCUCCCAGCCUGGCGGUCGAGGGCCAUGUCGGCCAGCUGGCCCUCCGGCGGCUGGAUGCCGGGCCGCCGGGCGCCGGCCCCACCGGGGUGGGCCUCUCGCUGCCAGGGCCGGAGGCCUUUCCGGCGGUGCUGGCCGCGCAGAUGGCCUACUUCCAGGGCCAGGGCCACACCCACCCGGAGAGCCUCUUCCUGUCCCUGACUCGGAGCAGCAGCCUCCGGCGGCUGACGGCCAUCGCCGCGGCGGCCGGCGACCCGCCGCCCGCCCCCCAUCCUGUGGACGCCUGGCUGGACUCGGAGGCCCUGGCAGCCGAUCGCCGCCUCGGGCCCCAGGACCCCGAGCAAUUCCGCCGCCAGCUCCUGGCGGCCACCGCCUCGGAGAAGGACAUCCGCAAGCUGGCGUACGCCGGCCAGGCGCUCUUCUGCGGCGGGCCCCUGACCGGGAGCCUGGACUGGAGCAGCCCGCCGGCCGAGGGCCUGCGCCUGCCGACCUUCGUCCCGCUGGCCGGCGACCUGGACCGGGUGAAUCCCAUUGAGGAGGUCCUCCGGCCGCAGGCGCUGGCACUGCCGGACGCCUGGCCGGCCUUCCGCCUCAGUGAUGCCGGGCAUCACCUGCUUUUGCAGCGGCCGGGAACCGUCGCCGGCAUCAUCGCCACCCUCCGGGGCGAGGCUCGCAUCGACACGCCGGACCUCGGCCACGGCCACUGA